UGUAGAAACUAGAAAGAGAGAAGUCUUUAGAAGCUCGGGGCCGGGGGUUUAUGGUAAUCGCCAUUCUUCCUUCAUCUUCCCCUUGUUUCUCCGUAGCCCGGUUUCUGAUGGGACGCCGCAUCCUUUGAAGUUUGGCCAUGGAGGAGGAGAUACGAACCUCUAUUGAUUCGUCUUCUUCAAUCAAUCUUCCUUUGCGGACCAUCUGUCAUGUGUGCCACAAACAAUUUUCACACUAUACAUGUCCUCGUUGUAAUUCUCGGUACUGUUCUCUGCAAUGUUACAAGUCUCAUAGUAACCGUUGUACUGAAUCUUUCAUGCGAGAAAAUGUUGUCGAGGAGCUGCGUCAAUUGCGGACGGACGAUAGUACUAAACUUAAAACACUCGACAUUUUGAAAAGGUUUCAUUUGGAAGAGGAAAGGGAAAACUUGGAUGAGGAGGAUGAUUCGACUUUAUCCGAGGAAACUAUUGAAAAAGUUCUUGCAGGUGACCAACUAAGUUUUGAUGAUUUAUCUGUGGAGGAGAAGAAACGGUUCUUAAGGGCUAUGGCGUCAGGAGAGUUGAGCAAGAUGAUUGAACCUUGGGAAGCUUGGUGGACGAAACCUUCUGCUAGAACAAUAUCUUUGAGCAAAGAAGGAACACCACUUGUUCAACUCCCCGCUGAGCAGAAACCGACAACUUCACUGGCAAGUGGAAUGGAAGCGAUGCAAUCAAGUGCAAUUCCUCAAGCACCUGAUACCCCGUUACCUCCACUUAGCAAGCUUAGUUCUGCAGAGCCAUCACCCUUGUUGGCUAUACACUUGGUUGACAUCAUUUAUAGUUAUUGUUUCACACUUCGCUUGUACAAUGGAGACUGGCAAUCCGAUGCUAUAGGAUCAGCUCUGGUUGUUUUGAGUGUCUCCUCUGUCUUGGGUCAAACUGGUCAACCAGAAACAGUUCUAGAGGCAUUGUCAUCUUGCUUGGAACAAACCUGUUCUCCAACUUAUCGACACGUGGGGGGCUUGCAGCUUGGAUUGAGUCUUAUUGACGAUGUCGCAAUCCUGCUUUCACUGGGCAGUCCAGCUUUAGUGUGCUUGCUUUGCGACUUGCAGAGGCUUAUUCAAGCUGGGGAGAGAGAUCUGAAAUCAGAAAAGAGGAGAAGAAAAUCCAAGUGGUCAAACAUUGGUACUAAGCUUAAACACGCUGACAGGAAGAUCUUUUUCAUCAUGUGCUGGGUUCAUGAGCAGCCAAGCGAAGUUUGGUCGACUUUGGAGAAUAUUGUAAAGAUGGAGAAAAGUUCAAUUAUGGAGUUUGAGAAUCAUAAAUUGUCAACAAAAAUGGAUAAUAAGGUCAAAAGCAGGGAUAAAGUUUUGAUACAGGAGAUAAAAUGAGAAUCAUGUGCAUACUUCUUUAUAUUUGUUGUGUUUUAUCUUUGUCCUGGUUUAUAUAUUAAGGAUCCAUUAUGCCUUGGAACCUAUUUCAGGGGUUUUGAAUAGCUUGUGUGCUCAAUCCUUGGAACAAAUACAGGGAGAGAAUUUGCAAGAACUAUGAUCAUUGAGCACAUUUUUUUUCGACCUUCCCCAAGUGCAAAUUUGUUGACAUUCUCUGAUGUUAUGAGCAAAUCCACCGGUGGGGGGAAGUGUAAAGUAUGGAUAUGUUAUAUAAGACGGGUCUUAACAUUUUUUUUUUCUUUUCGUUCUUAUGAAAAGGAGACAAUUGUUAAGACUAUCAUUACAAAUUUGUCGAGAAUAAGUUUAA